AUGAAUACCACAUUUGUAAUACUUUCUGAUAUUUCUAGACAAUCUACAGUUAUCGUAUCUUAUAUUACAUGUUUUGUUUCAACAAUUUCAGUUUGUCUAGCAGUUUAUCUAAUCAAAACCGAAUCAUUGAAAGAGAAAAAAGUUUUUCAAAAUGCUUUGAUUUAUUUACAAAUAAGUCUUUAUAUAUCGCAAACAUUUUGGGGAACUUGUUGCUGUGCUAUUUUUUAUUUUCCAUUCCCAGCAUUUAUAUCACAUGGAUUAUUAAAGAAUGUUUUACCCUUCUGGGUUUCGGGUGGAAUUUGGGGAGUGUUGUUUACAUUUUAUAUACAAUCAUCUUUAAAUAUACUUCUAGUCAGAUUGAGUAUUGUUGUUCGACCUGAUAGUCCUUUUAAUGUGAGUUUCUAUUGUCAGGAUGGGAUCAGGAGUAUAUAUAUUUUUUUUGAAGUUCAAUAAAAUGAGCACUUUUAUUUUCUUAAUGCUAUAUUUAAUUUCUUUGGUUUCAUUUAUGCUGGUAUUGGAUUUGCAAUUGAAUUUUACCCAUGAAUCGAUGUUGAAUUUUCUAUCAGAUGUAAGCUUUCAAAUUUUCAAAAAAAGUUUCAAAAAAAUAUUUUUUCUAGAAAUAUCCUGGUUACAUUUACAUUGCAAAUAUCUAUGGAGCAAUGAUAUUUUCAGAAUUUACCGCUAUGAAAUUGCUGUUUUCAUCAAUGCUCGGAUUCGCCAUAUUUAUCCUAAUUUCUCAUUCAAUUUUCAGAUAUCUAAUUUAUUAUGAGAUCAAAAUGCAAGUGAAUAAAAUGAGCAAUUUUCAACAGAAAUAUCACAUGAGAAUUGCGAAAACCCUGUCUAUUUUUGUGCUAAUUUACACGUUAUGUAUCGCAUUUUAUUUGUUAUGGAGUCUUGUGUCAAACUUGUUAGAUUCAAUGUGGAAUACAAUUCGUGAGAGAUAUUUUGGUAAAGUGAAAAUAUUUGAGAAUUCGUUUUUAUUUGCAGCAAUAACUUCAACAUUUCACACAAUUUUUGUUGGUUCACCGAUCGCUGGAACAAUUUACAUGAUUUCAAGUAACACGGCUUAUCUUCGACGAGUCAAGCAAUUACUUCGAUUGAAAAGUGAACCCAAUAUCAGACAUCCUACUAUUGCAGUUUUCAAAACAUCUAACAUUAUCACGUGA